AUGGUGUUAUUUGUGAACGGAGAGCGUGGUUCCGAGGCCGUUUACAAACGGAGACGGACGGCCGGCGCGUCCCCUCCAACAGAAGCGCACGCAACGGUCCGGCAACGGCAGACCGCCCGGCACAGAAAGCAGACGCUCGUGUCCAAGUUGAGCGACUCUAGUUUCGAGGAAGACCUGGGAUCCUCCCCGAUUUGCUCCCCGGCUCGGGUAGACCUGUCCCCGUUGCGUUCGGACGAGCCUCCCGCGGGACAGCUGUCCAACUGGUACCUCCAGUACGGCGACGUCGGUUUCCAGAUCCAGAGGGACAACGAGGCGCAGUUUCAUUCCUGCAAAAGCUUGGCACGCCAGCCACAACUGACUGAGGAGGCCCGCUGUAAGCUCGUCAGCUGGCUCAUCCCCGUCCACAAACACUUCCGUCUGUCCUUCGAGUGCUGCUGCCUGGCGGUGAACAUCAUGGACAGGUUCAUGGCGUCCACUCCGGUGGCCGCGGACUGCUUCCAGCUGCUGGGCGUCACUGCGCUCCUCCUGGCCAGCAAACAGGUAGAGAUGUGCUCGCCACGGAUCGGCCACCUCCUGGCGCUGUGCUGCGACGCGUUCACCAAGGAGCAGCUCUGCAACCUGGAGUGUCUCGUCCUUCUCCGCCUGAACUUCCGGCUCACCGCGCCCACGCUGGCAUUUUUCCUAGACUAUUACGCCAACUGCGCCGAAGCGGCACAGUUUGAGGCCAAGAGCGCGGGCGGCGGCAGGUUUGCGCGCACGUAUCCAGACGCAAAAGGACCCGGGCGGUCUGGCAACCUCGCGCGCAAGGUGUGCGAGUUGAGUCUGGCGGACUACGCUUUCAACAAAUACCCACCGUCCCUGACCGCUCGCUGCGCGCUGUGGAUAGCCGGUGAGUUACUGGAAGGUGAGCAGGAGGACCAGGGGGUCGGUUUUGUGGCCGAGCAGUGUACCCAACCAUCCGAGCGCCCCGAGAUCUGUGAAGUGGACUCUCCAGAAGCGAAGGACCACUUCCUGUCCCUGUUGACUCAGGGGAGCCGCAACCACAAUCUGGCCCAGGAGUGCAGGGACAACCUGAGACUGCUGGUGUCGUUAAACCAGGAGUCACUGGAAGUGAUGUCUGCCGUGUGA